GUAAGACCCGCCUUUUCCGGUCAUGUGACGUUUUGUAUGGUUUGGCCGCGCGUCUUCUCGUGUUGGCGGGUGUUUGUUACCUGCUAGACCCGGCGAAGUUUGGACUCACUGCAGUAUUUGUUUGUGUAAUUUACAACUGCAUACACUCCUGAAAACAUGUCUGACUUGGCGAGAGGUGGGAGAUGUGAUGGAAACAUUACCAAGCCAAGCGACAGGUCUCAUGGCUCAUCACAUUGGUCCCACUGCAGGAAACGAGGAAUUGACGGAAGCUUGCGCUCGAGAAGCGAUGAUAUUAAUGGUGAAGAUGACACUGAAACUAACAACAGAAAUGCCAGUUUUACAACUCCAGAGAGCAGAGGCCCAGUUUCUCGGUGGACUCAACGGGCUGACUGGGGCAGCCAGGUGGAAGAUGACGAAAUGAGGAGAGAUGUGCAGAGAGACAUGCGGCGGUACAGGAGGAGGAUACUUGCUGCAGAGGUCACUCAGAGAGAGAGAAAGACAUCUUCUGGCAGCUGUGACUCGAGAGAGGGUGAAAACGUAGAAAUGGAUGAGACUGUGUUGCUACGACGACAGAAACAGAUCAACUAUGGCAAGAACACAUUGGCCUAUGAUCGAUAUAUCAAAGAGGUUCCCAAGCACUUGCGACAGCCAGGUGUUCAUCCAAAGACUCCCAAUAAAUUUAGGAAAUAUAGUCGGCGUUCCUGGGACCAGCAGAUCAGACUGUGGAAAGUAAAACUGCAUGCCUGGGACCCCCCAGCAGAAGAGGAAGGAGAAGCCAAUGCCAAUAACAUUGAGGAGCUUCUACCUGAGGACAUUAUGGACAUUGAGCUAGACUUUCCUGUAUUAUCAGAUUCUGGGAAUGGUACCUGCUCUUUAACCACGCUCAACCUGUCAGUGGAGGAUGAUGACUGUGCAGGAACUCCAGUCAAAAUGCAGAAGACUUGAACCCACAGCAGACCUUGACAUGGCAUAGCUAAUUGUUCACACUGUUGUUGAAUAUUCGUACAUAUCUCAAAUAUUUUACUUUUACUCCCUGCAAGAGUAAGAUUUUUUUUUCACCCCCCUGAAAGCAUCUGUUCCAGGUAUACUAUACUAUUAGGUAUAGCUGUGUUUUAAGAAGGACAUUACUAGAACAAAGUUUAAUAAAAAUGAAUCAGGGAUUGAUUCUUUACAGUAUUGUCCAUUUAAUUGGUUUAUAUGUUGGUGUUCAAAGAAGAACUUGAAAUGAAUACAGUUGUAAAAUGUGGAGGCAGUUCAAAAGUAUUUUCAUUUUAGCGGUCCAUUAUUGUAAAAUUUAACGGUGUACAAUUUUAGAAGUCAAAAGGGCAGUAGGCUGGUUUUUAUAUGGAAAUGUGACGUUUGUUUCGAUGUAAAGACUUUGAAAUAAUAAAAAAAACUUGUAUGCUGUACCACCUUUAA